AGCACAAAUUGCAAAAACCAAGCCAGAAGAAUCAAAUGGAGUUCUCUAUGAAACCUUCAACUCUAAAGAUGAUUCGGACAAGUUUUUGUAUAUUAGUAGUUUUGGCUAUUAGUAGUUUUUCGACGAUGGAAUCUCGGGAUCUAGGCAGCAAAGGACAAGCAAAUAUUGAGUAUAUGGCGUUGAAUUGUCGAAAACAUAGCGCUGUUUUGACGGAAUUUGGAGCAGUUGGUGAUGGAAAGACCUCGAACACGAAAGCGUUUAAAGAAGCCAUUACCAAGCUUGCUCCAAAGGCAGCCGAUGGCGGGGUGCAACUCAUUGUUCCACCAGGUAAAUGGCUAACCGGAAGUUUCAACCUCACCAGCCAUUUUACUUUGUUCAUCCAAAAAGGUGCAACUAUUCUUGCCUCUCAGGAUGAAUCUGAAUAUCCAGUGGUUGCACCUUUGCCAUCAUACGGUCAAGGACGAGAUGCAGCAGGACCAACAUUUGCUAGUUUGAUCUCUGGCACAAACCUAACUGAUGUUGUUAUCACCGGUAACAAUGGAACGAUCAACGGGCAAGGGAAAUACUGGUGGGUGAAGUAUCGGAGUGGUGGAUUUAAGUCGAUCACAAGACCUUACACAAUCGAAAUCAUAUCCUCUAAAGACGUUCAGAUCUCAAACAUUACGAUCAUCGAUUCGCCUGCAUGGAACAUUCAUCCCGUGUAUUGCAACAACGUUAUUGUCAAAGGCGUUACCAUUCUUGCUCCUAUUGAUUCUCCUAAUACCGAUGGUAUCAACCCCGAUUCAUGCACCAACACUUUGAUAGAAGACUGUUAUGUAGUCUCCGGAGACGAUUGCAUUGCUGUGAAGAGCGGUUGGGAUCAGUUUGGUAUCAAAGUCGGCAUGCCAACGCAGCAAUUGUCGAUCAGAAGGCUCACAUGCAUAUCUCCCGACAGCGCGGGAAUAGCACUCGGGAGUGAAAUGUCCGGUGGAAUCAAAGACGUUAGAAUCGAAGACAUUACAUUACUCCAGACACAAUCCGCUAUCCGAAUCAAAACCGCGGUUGGUCGUGGUGGUUACGUCAAAGACAUUUUCACAAGAAGGUUUACGAUGAAAACCAUGAAGUACAUUUUCUGGAUGAGUGGUGCAUACAACCAACACCCUGUUUCAGGGUUCAAUCCCAAGGCUAUGCCUCAGAUUACAAACAUUAACUACCGUGACAUGACCGCAGAUAAUGUCACUCAACCCGCAAGGCUAGACGGGUUAAAGAACGAUCCUUUCACAAAGAUAUGUAUGUCGAAUAUAAAAAUUGCUUUGGCUCCUGAGCCAAAGAAGUUGUUGUGGAAUUGUACGGACAUUUCCGGGGUUUCGAGUAAGGUGACGCCCAAGCCGUGUAGCUUGUUGCCGGAGAAUGGAGCUCCAGUUGACUGUGCUUUUCCGGUUGAUAAGAUUCCUAUUGAAUCUGUUGUCCUGAACAAAUGCUCUGCUUAGAGAUUGUUCCUGAGAUAUUACUUAUUUGCUUAUAAAUGUAUACAUUGUCUUGUAACAAUGAAGUGUAUUAAUUUCCUUAGAUAACAAUGUCGUCCCAGCCUUUAUUGUAUAAAGCUGAGGUACAUGCAAUAUUGGUUUUAAUAUAAAUACAAAG